AACCUACGCAGCAGGUGGUUAGUCAUGGUGAAAAGCAAAAACAAUAACAGUUAUAAGAACAAGAAGGCGAUGCUAAAACCUACAAAACCAUCGGCUCCGGUGGCGGCGCCAAAGAGCCGGCGGGUGACUAACGUCGAGCGGUCAUCAUAUUUCGCGCGCCGUGAAGCCGCCAAAGUGUUGAAAAGCGUAUUGCAGGGAGACGCAAAAAGAAAAGCAGUUGGGUCAAUAAAAACAUUAGUUUAUAGUCCUUCCGUUCGAAACAAAAAAGCUACAUUUGCUUUAGUCUGCCAAACCCUUAAAUAUCUUCCGAUCAUUAAGGAUGUAAUGGAGAUUGCUAAUGUGCUAAACAGCAAAUGGAAGCAGAGGCAAGAGGAGUUGAUGUACAUAAUUGUCUAUGACAUUCUUUUUGGACAGGAAGCAUCUCUAACAGGAGAUGCAGAAAAGUAUCUCCUUCUCAGGAAAGGUCCACUACAGUCAGCUCUUGCAAAGGUCUUAGCGAGAAAGGGAGCAAAACGUUUAGAAGAUUUGAUGGCUGAAUAUCAUAUUAAUGACGAUGCUAGAAAACCUCGAUAUGUCCGUGUUAAUACUCUGAAACUGGAUGUUGAAACAGCCGUGUUUGAACUCGCAAAAGAGCAUGUGGUUCAGAAGGAUGACAUGAUUCCAGAUUUAUUGGUGCUCCCACGAGGGACUGAUUUGCACAAGCAUCCUUUAGUGACAAAUGGAAGUGUAUUUAUGCAAAGUAAGGCAAGCUCCAUGGUAGCGGCUGCCCUCGGACCUAAACCAGGAUGGGAGGUUAUUGAUGCGUGUGCUGCCCCUGGAAACAAAACUGUACACCUUGCUGCUCUUAUGAAAGGAGAGGGAAAAGUUGUUGCUUGUGAACUUAAUAAAGAUAGAAUUAAGCGCUUGGAACACACCAAAGAGCUGGCGGGUGCUGCUAACGUGGAAGUUUUGCACGAGAACUUCUUGAACUUGAAUCCUGAAGAUCACAAGUAUUCAGAGGUUCGUGCUAUACUGUUAGACCCUUCAUGUUCUGGAUCUGGGACUGCUGCUGAUAGAUUGGAUCAUCUGCUCCCAUCACAUACCUCAGGUGAUGCUGAUGGUGGUGAUGUAGGCCGACUUAUUAAACUUGCUGCUUUCCAGGAGAAGGCUCUAAUUCAUGCACUUUCUUUUCCAACAGUUGAGAAAGUAGUCUACAGCACAUGUUCUAUUCACCAAAUUGAGAAUGAAGAUGUCGUUAAAUCAGUGCUACCUCUUGCUGUUUCUUACGGUUUUCAACUUACAACUCCAUUUCCACAAUGGCCCCGUCGUGGUCUCCCGGUUGUUGAUGGAUCACAACAUCUACUCCGAACGGAUCCCGUGAAGGAUAAAGAGGGCUUCUUUAUUGCGUUAUUCACUCGGAACACUGGUCAUUUUCCUGAAAGUCCUCGGGAAGUUCAAAGAGACUCUUCUUCAGACAAUUUGAAACACGAGAGUGUUAAGAGACAUAGUCGCCGUAAAAGGUUUGUAAGAUCUCUCCCAUUUACCAGAAUUUCCAAAUUGUAUUUACACAGAAGGUAAUUUUGUCUGGAGUACAAUUUUCUAGCAAUUUUAGAUUUUUCUUCCCCCAAAAGGUUGGGUACUUGUGUCAUGUUUUAGGGGCAUUCAUAGAUAUCCAUGACUUUACUGCACAACUUUGUGCCAACCGAAGAACUCUUUUUAUCCUCUUGUUAUUAUUAUUAAUUAUUAUAUUAUUAUUAUUAUUAUUA